UUGUUUUGCGUACUUUGCUGUAGCCUCUUAACUCUUUGCUGGCGCUAGCCUAACUAUUUUGUGUCAAGCUGGUCUGUAACGUUACUGCCAGUCCAAUCUGACAUUCGGCUGACAUAGGUGGUGUUUACAGAUGUUUUUCAGCGCCCUGAAGUCUGUAUGACUACAGCGGCGGGAAAGGAAUAUAGUCCGGACAGCGACUAGCGACUUCUCUGCAUCGAUCAAGCUUCAAGGAGGUUAUCGAGAAGCUUCGUAACGUCUGACCAAGGAGGACGGCAGAGUCAGCAUGAGCCUGACAGGGGAGCCUGAGUCACUAGGAGACAUCUGUGUGCACUACUGCCUGGCUAACCUGGGCACCUUCUGUGUGCUGGAUGGAGCAGGGGUUCCACUGGCCAUCAAAACUGACAUCUGCAUCCCCAGUGAAUAUAGCGACAAGUUACUCAACUGGUCCAAUGAGAGAGGUUAUGCGGAUGGACCAUUUGUCCGGGUCUUCUCAGACCCCCAGCAGACCAGACUGAGACAUGUUCACCUGCACGGCAAUGAGAAAAUUAACAACCAAGUCCUGUCAGCUCUCCGGGAACACCAUCUGGUGGAGCUGGAUCUGUCCUGCUGCCCCAACAUCAAUGCAGACUGUCUACAACAUCUCCACCAGUCCAAACACACACUGCUGGCUCUCAACAUCAGCGGCAACGCGUCCUUUCCAUGGCCACAUCAAGACAUCCGCCUGGACCUGCCCCGACUGCGAGUGUUGAACAUCGGGAACCUGCACGGACUUCCGCUGACCAGCCUGGAGAGCCUGGCCAGGAGUCUGUCCAACCUGACCUCGCUGGACGUGUCGGGGUUACACGUGGAUGACCUGUCCUUUCUGGAACCUCUAAAGCACCAGCUGUCCUCCCUGGUCCUGUACAACUGCAGUCUGAAGGACCAGGCUUACCAGAUGAUCAUGAGCAUGAAGGCACUCAGACACCUGGACAUGUCAGUCCUCCCGGAGAGGAAGACCCCAGGAAAGAGUCACCUGUUAUCUAAGCUGGUUGCCAGCCUCCCAGCCCUGACUUCCCUGGACAUCUCUGGGACCAGUCUGGGGGAUGUGGACAGUGACAGCGGAUCAGACGACAUGUCUGACACAGACUCAGGAGUUCAAGUACGCCGCUCCCAGGAUGGUGGGGGGGUUCGCAGUACUAUCGCUGGACUGAGAGGACUGAGACAGAAGCUGGAUUUCUUGGGUCUAGUUGAGACAGGGGCUGCUGGGGCGGAGCACAUUCCUGCACACAGGGUGGCAGGUCACAUGACUGAGCAGCAGGUGCUGACAGCUCUGCAGGUGUACUUGGACCGCAGUCAGAUGCUAGCCAAGUGUUUAACUGCACUGUUUGAACUCCUGCAGGCUGUAGACUUGGAGGACCCUCUGCAGUUUGUCCAUCUUGUUACCAUGGUGAUGAGAAGGCAUCCCAAAGAUCCAAAUAUCCAGGUGGCAGGCAGCGCUGCUCUCUAUCACCUGACUAAAGGCUGGGGCAAAACUUCGGACUUCAUCAAGUUACGCAGGGUUACUAUCCAAGCUCUCACCUCUGGAAUGGAACACCAUCCUAAAGAAUUAACGAUGCAGCGUAAUGGCUGUCUCACACUUUGCAACUUCAGGAUUCCGGAGGAUCUGGAGUUUGAGUACCAGAGAGUGGCGAAAGUGUUACUGAGAAUCUUCAGCAAUUUCCGAAAUGAAGAAUUCAUUCAGCGCAUCGCAGUGUACCUGUGUAACAUCAUCGUGUGUCAGCUGAGUGGGGAGCAGAAGGAGCUGGUGGGCAGGAUCGGUGUGGUGGAGACCAUGCUGAAAUUGAUCCAUGAAAGACUGAACUCUAAGACAUGUAAUGAAGUGAUGGAGAUAGCCUGGAGUACUCUGUGGAAUAUAACUGAUGAGACUCCUCAGAACUGUCAGAUGUUCAUAGAUGGGUCAGGCAUGGACCUCUUCCUGAGCUGCUUAGAGACUUUCCCAGACAAGCAGGAACUACACAGAAAUAUGUUGGGACUGAUGGGUAAUGUUGCUGAAGUCAAGUUCCUUAGGCCUCGUUUGAUGCAGGAAAGAUAUGUCACAGUCUUCAAUUCACUGCUGGAGAGUGAGAGUGAUGGCAUUGAGGUGUCGUACAACUCCUGUGGUGUGCUGUCCCACAUGAUGUCAGAUGGAGCAGACUGCUGGACCGUCUCUCAGCCAUGUCGGCAGCAGGUGCUGGAGAGGAUGGUCCAGGCAAUAGAGAGAUGGGACAUCGCAACCAAGAGAAAUAUUAACUACAGGUCAUUUGAACCCAUCCUGAAACUGUUGUCAGACCAUGACACACCACAGGUUCAACACUGGGCUGUCUGGGCCCUAACCAACCUCACCAGAGUCUACCACUCCAGGACAACCUCCACGGACGUGACAAGAGUGUCCCCAACUCCCAAGACUGGCUUCAUCUUCAGCCUGUCAGAUCUGGAAUUGCUGAAAGUAAUUACCAGCCAUCAGCUGACAAAUUAGAGAUAAAAACCCAGGAGUGGGCUGGUAUGUCCCAGUGUAAGGCCCCAGCAUAUGAGCUCCAUCUAAUAUCCCCGCAAGAGACUGGUGGCACAGAGUAUGAAUAGUAAAUGAAACAGGGCCUUCUGUGGGGGAUACGAAAGGUAAGCAGGAGGUAGAGAUGCCCCCAGGACAAGACACCAACAACUCCACAUAUAUCAUCCUUUUAUUUCUGUGAUGUUCUCAGUUGCUAGGCAGGUGUUUGAAGUUCUGCUUGUACAUGACAUUGCCUGAUAUUCCUUACAUCAACAUCUUCUCUACUGUACCCAGUCAUUUAGCUACUAAAGGAUUUAUGGCUACAAUGCAAGGAGAGUAGAAGCCAGUGUCAUGCUUUGGAAUCCUCCAAGUGAUUUCCUAGGCACUUUCAAAUUUCUUUUUUUUUUAAACUUUGUGUGACAGUAGGGUAUAGUGUUUGACUUAUUCUAGAGUACCUACAUGAACUGAACUGAACUAAACCAACAUGAAAGCAUGCAUUAGUUGCAAAACACAUUUUACUUGUUUGUUUUUAAGGUUUUUCUGUAUGUGUGCAGUGUGCACAUUGUUUUUUUUUACUUCUCCAGAGAGAUUUUUUGUUAGAUAAUGUAACUCUGCAUCAAGUGAGAAUUGCAGUAAAAAUCAUAGUUGUUCAAGUCCUCAAUUAACUAACUUGAAAUAUCUAUCAUUAUAUCUAUACAGUUGUUAAUGAUGCUAAAUUUCAUCACCAAGCAUAAGCAGAUACAGGGGUAUGUAUAAUGAUUUAUAAUUUGAUAUUGUUCCACAUUAAGUUGGAGCAUUUGGGAUCUUUGGCCCCUGGGUCAGGCUGAAUAAGUUUCCACUUCAGGAGUUAAAUGCCCACACCUUGACCUCUUGAGAGUUCUCAGCUUUCCUUUGUACCCAGGACUUUCUGUUAAUACAAAGUACAAUGUAUUCUGAUCGAACCAAACACAAGCAAAGCCUCCCUUUGAAAGCUGUGGUGCCCUGGGCCUAUGUAAACAUGACUGUGGUGUUUAUACGGAAGGCGAGGCUGUUGGACAUACCCCAUGGAUGCCCUUCUGAGAGGGUCGGUCACACCUGACAGAGAUUCUAUAGGCAUUCUGUGUAUACCCAGCAGCUUUCAAUAGUCAUCCAGUGUAUGCUGUGUUAUCCAAUACAAAAUAGUGCAGGUGGCAUCAGAACUGGCCGCUUUUCUCUGUCAGCAGAAGAGAUCAACCUUUCUAAGCCCGGGAUGAGGGGAGCACAAGGCUUAGCUCCACCACAAUACCUAUAGGCCAUUCUUAUACAGAACUGAUGACUACAUUUUGAAUGUGGAAUAAUUCUUUUGCCACAUUAUCAGGCAGUAGAAAAUCAAUAUACAUGUACUGCUCUCAUCCUAAUUUUUGUAUUGCACACCUGAUUACUUUUAUUUUGAUUAUUCUUUACAAUUCACUCACUCACACUCACUGCAUUGAAUAUUAAAAAGGUCAUUGAUGUGAACAAAUUUUUUUCUGUUUUAUGGUUACUUUCUCUUAUAUCGUUUUCUUCUAAUAUAAACAUAGACUAUCAUAUAUUUAAAGGCGGGGUUGUAAUCCCCUCCUUAUUAAUAAUAAUAACUUUCAGAUAACCUUCUGGUUUGUUGUUUUAUUACUCUGGUAAUGAUAGUGUACAUUGUACAGACACAUUCAUUAUACGAAAGUACAGUUUCCCAUAUUUAAAUGAUACCUAAUUCAUGUAGACCAUACCUUGAUAUCAUGCAAAGAUUUUAAAAAGGUUGGUUGUGCCCAUUGGUAUUUUUCACAUCUACUUUUUCUUGCCACAAAUAUCAUGCACAGGUCCAUAGACUAAGCAGCUGUUAUACAUCCCCGGUGAUAUUAAUGCAUACACAUAUCAACAACAAAGUUUAAAUAUGUUGACCGAAAACUGCUCUAACUUGCUCUCCAGUCAAGUCUGUAGUCUGUGGGUUAGAAUCUUACGUAAACCUUAGAUCCAGUUUGUAGUGAAGAUCUGUACUGUCAGAAAAUGUGCCAAAUGUUUCUCUUGGAAACCUGUCUCACAUGCCCUCUAGAGCCAAAUUUGCUGACACUGCCAUCAACAGCUAUCUGUAAAUUUGAACCCCAAACACCCAAGGCAAACUUGGCGUAGCAGCACCAACUGCUUUGGCUGACACUGGCAGACGUAAAUAUUGGCAGAAACAUUAGGGGGUUUAAUUGGAGCAGGGAAAGUCUCUCUAAUUAUUGAGUGAUAAGGAUGCAAAGGAUUUAAAUUGUGGUGAAAGCUGGCAUUAGCUUCCAGGGUUUCUUGCCACUAGAUGAAAUCAGAAUUUUUGGUGCCUCAUCUCAGUAAAGGUUUCAGGCAAUUGUCUUUCAUCGAUUCUCCAGUGAAGCCACUGUAUAAAUCAGCACAUUGACCCCAUAGUCCUCACUUGACUCAGACUAUCAGUUGGGCAAAUGCCUUUUCUGCAAUUGGAAAACUAUAAUAAUUGCAUUUUUUUAAAAUUAGCUAGCUACAGUUGGGUGCUAACAUGUGUCUUAAACCUUAAGACUAGUAGAUACAGACAGCAUCUGGUUGAUUCCUAAAUUGUGCACAGUUUUCCCCUUUAUGCCUCUAUUAAAUCCAACACACAUAGCCUCCAGCUGUUCAACCAGCAUAAUAAAUCUGUGGUGCUUAUCAAGGCAAAGGAUGGACCAUGGGGAAUACCAGAUGAUGCAUGUGAAGCUGCCUUGCUCCCAGGCAUAAUAUUUUCUGCACAUUAGUGGUAAUUAACUUCACGUUAACACCACCGGCUUCCUCUGAUUCGUGCGAUUUGUAAACUCCCCGGCUUUAUCUUUAUUUCGCACAUGAACAAAACAGACAAGCUACGGCAGCAGCCCUACCUCAAGUUUAGUCUGCACCACAAACUUUCCUUGAUAAGGAAGCAAGUCUGGCUUAGGAUUAAUGUCCUGUUUUCUAUAUCAAUUCAUAAAGUGGCAACUUUUGCUACUAUUACUGAGAGCAUUAAUAACACAGAAACACUUGUGAGCAUGUAUGUAAAUGAAUCCUCUUUCACUUUGAUAAAAGGUUUCUUUAAAAACAACAAAUAAAUUUCCUUAAAUUUUACAUUUUAGACAUUACCAUUAGUUGCAAACUUGACUUAAAUGAAGGCAAACCCCUCCUGCUCAUAUAUGUUAUAUAUUAUUAUACAUAUUAGACAAUAUUCAAAUUCACCUGGGUAAUUCUACACAAAGACCACAUACAUUUAGCUUGAUUGCCAUAAAGAAUACAAAUGUAAGUCAAGAGUGAUUUGCAAUAAAGCUGCCUUCAAAGUGACCUUGGUUGGAAGGAUAUUCUUAACAAACAAAUAACCAGAAACCACAGAAUAUGAAGAUCACCUUCCAGAUUUGUUGCAUUGUUCAGAAAAGCCCCUUUGUAUGUAUAAUUUCAAUUUAAAAAAUUUUAAAAACAUCUGAAAAUUUAGUCUAGAGCACUGCAUUUCAAUGCAACAGGAUGCAAUAUUCCCACAAUUUUCGUUGUACUGGACCAGGUGUGUUUUUUUUGUGCUUUAUAGAUGAUUGACUUUUUUUCCAUACCUGAAGCACACUGCAGAUGCCCCAGUUCUCUUCUAGAUGAGGAAGGGUGUCUGAAUUGAAGAUUAUGGCAUCUGGUUUUCUGGAUUGCUAGAUAUGCUGAUUUGUGAUUUGAUACUGUCUGAAUUCUCAGAGUAUCUGAAUAAGUAGAACAUUCGGCAUUUGAUAGAUCUAAGAGCACUAGAUUUAUACAUGGAGCUUUAAAAGAAUGAUUUUUUUAAAAUAAAGAUUUACCCCUUUUUUAAAGACACCUCUAUGUUUCAAGUUGAUUUUUAUGUAUAACAUUCUGUAUUCAUCCCAGCAUCAAGGCUGCAGUUAUUUGAUUACAUCUCAUACAUACUGUCAUCUUGAUUUGGGCAUCGCUCAAUGUAUUCUUUGAAGCUGCGAGAAAAUGAUAUUUAGCAUCCAACUGAAAUUGCUGUGUUGAGAAUUGUUUUUCUUACUAUAUAUUGGCAAUGUAAUAUUGGCCAAUUCACCUGCCACUUCUCAUCAAAUUCCCCAUCUUUUUUCAUCUAGAUUCCAAAUUCUAAUUUGCUCCAACCAAGAACAGUCAGAUCAAUGUACAUACCCAUCAAGGUACUUAGGAUACAAUAAAUGUUAUCUUUUCUAUGAAAAUCAAAUACAAAAAAAAAUGCUUGUAUGCAAUAUUUUAAUAAAAAUGUUUUGAGCUUUC